AUGAGCUGCCUUAAGGAUGCCGAGACUCGACAUGCCGCCGAGUACCCCCAGGAUCCCAUUACGCGACCCAAAGGCACAAUUGUGACGACGGACUACGAGCCGGCUACCGGCCCGGGCCAGCACCAAAAAGCGGUCUUUCGGUUUUCAUUGUCCACAUCCGCCCUGGCAACACACAUCGUGCAGAUGGUACCUUUUCUGCCGGCCCACGACAGAUUCGGCACGAGUUGGCAUGAUGGCGACGAACGUGUAGUCAUCAAGGUCUGCCUAGACAACGAGCGCGCUGAUGCUAUCUCUGCCCGAUUCAAUAAGGCCACGUCGGAGUCGCAAGGGGCUAUCGCCGAAAGUGCUCGACACAUCGAAAAUCGGAUCGACAUGAUCCAGGACGUCUUCCAGACCCUCGCCACAACGUACGCGGAGGACAAGCGAAGGAACGAACAGAUCGCGCAAGAAACUCGGCAAAUGAUGCAUGCGCUCCACAUGAGCAAUCAAGCGCUCUUUUCAUCUCUAUCGGGCGUACAAGCGUCAGGUCAAGCGCAAUUCGCUGUGAUGACCGCCAGUACCCAACUCAGCAAUCUCAGGAUGGAGCUCCUAUUCAGUAAUCAUCCCAAGGACAGUCAGGAAUACCAAGAACUCGCGCGAGAAGUUCAAGAGGCACGAAGGACGGUGUGCGACGCACAGGCGGCAUACCAGCAAACGCAACACCAAGUCACCCUGGCGCUCCGACAAGCAAGUCCCGUAUACCUGCAGCAACUGGCCCAUGACGGUCCAACCAUCCCCAAUGGCAACAAUGCGAGCGGCGCCGCAGAUAACGCGAUGGACGAACGUGAAGAAUCCGGAGGCUCGCCGAGCAAGCGCGGACGAUACAAUCAAGAAGGUGACGUGCACACGACAAGCCCCCAGCCACAGAGUCGCAGCGAGCAUGAAGGAAUGUCUAUAGUAAGUGACUGGUGGCAGGUUCUCCAACGCCGCUCGCCUGAUGAUACAAUCACCACCGCAGGAUUCGUGA